UUGAAUCUAAAAAAGGGGCAUCUAUCACUAUAGAUUAAUUCGUAUAUACAAACUACUAUAGUAAUUAUAUAAUGACUAAGUCACUCUAUGAAUUGCAUCAUAAUUCAGUCUAUUAGCCUACAAUUGUUACGUUAUAAUUUACUGGCAAAGUUUAGCAACCAUGACAGUAAUAGAAAAGACAGAGACAUGAUAGAUACGUCAGAAGUGUCAGUCUGUCACCUCUGUACCAUUUGUGAGUGACACAUCUGGAAAUGUUUUGCAUUGUUUUUGGACAGUUCUGUUCCACACACACACGGUAGGUAGACGGUACAUGAUACAUGACUGUAGGUACAGAAUGUGGGUAUAAAGAAAUUAGGAAUGUAGUCACAUGAUUCAUAUCCCGGAAAUACACUGCUGUCGAUGGGGGAAAAUGGCGUUAUGAGCAGCAGCCAGACUGUAAGAGAAGUGGGGCAGUAAAGUCAACAGACAACAAUCAUUAACCCGCGGUUCUCGGUUUACCAAAUGACAGAAACGCCCAACCUUACAUUAAUCAUAAAUGUGUAUUAAUACUGUUGCACACUCGAUUAUGUAAGGGCGCUCCAGAUGGACAAAGACAGACUCGCAGCUGGUCCAUGCUCAUGGCUGGAUAUGCAUAAUUUUAUUGGUGACCUUAUGGCUGCAAAUGCUUCAGUCACUGGUCAUCCACUGAGAGAGCAACAUACUGAGACACCGAGUUCUGCGUGGCUCAGAGUCUCUCAUCCUCCCCAGUCUACCCCAUCCAGACAGAGCCAGGUAAAAAGUGCUGUUCGGUUUGGUCUGCAGGAAAGGGAAAGGGAUCCCAGAGAUCAUGAAAGCCAUGCUCAGCAUCAUGCCUGCACAUGUCCUGGCUGCCCUCUUUCCUCAUCUCCUUCUAGUUCCUCAAUCCACACCUUAAAACCCAGAACCAGCCCAGCCUCACAGAUCCAACCACCAUCGUCCCCACAAUCCACCCCACCACAGCAGACCAAAGAGCCCAGCGCUGGCCCUGUCGGCCUAGGCUUGUGUCUAGGUUUGGGACUCUCUCUGGAAGAGGAAAACACAGAGCCCAGCAGCACAUCUGCUCAUCCCCAACAAGAGGACAAAGGCACUAGCACCCACAGCCCAGUCCCUCAGGCAAAUCCCGAGUCCCCACCAGUUCAGGCCUUUCCGUGUCUGUGCCACCGUGGGUUUCAAACCUGUAGCCAACUUCUACGCCAACAAAAGGACUCAGAGGCACACAUUGCCCACCACCACUAUCAUCACCACCACCAUCACUGCCCGCUCACCACCUGCACGUCAUGUACGCUCCCGUCCUUCCCUUGCCUGUCCUGCCAGCGCACCUUCCCCACCUGCGCCCAGCUCCUGCGUCAUCAGCAGGGCCACGCGCAACAGGAGGGCUUGCAGCAGCUCCCAUGCAUGCACUGCAAUGCCUCUUUCCCCCGGCCGUCGCAACUGCUGCAGCACCAGCGAACCCAGCAUGCGUCCAAAGCCGGCGGCUUCCUGUGCGCCGAGUGUGGCCGUGCAUUCAACUCGCACAGCAAUCUGCGCAUCCACCUCAACGUACACACAGGCGCCCGUCCAUACAGUUGCUCCGACUGCGGCAAGAGCUUUAGCCAGUCCGGGGCACUUAAGAUUCACCGCCGAAUUCACACCGGAGAAAGACCGUACACCUGCUCUUAUUGCGAGGGGUUUCCUCACUUAGCUGGGGUGAGAGCGCAUCAGCGAAUUCACACGGGGGAGAAACCGUACCGCUGCAGUCAGUGUGGGAAGUGCUUUACUCAGUCCGGGGCUCUGAAGAUCCACACUCGCAUCCACACUGGCGAGAGGCCUUUCGUGUGCGGCCUCUGUGGGAAGAGCUUUUCAAACCGUUCCGGUAUUCGCUUUCAUCACCGCACGGUUCAUGGGAUUGUGACGGAGCCCAACUCUGUGGGAAGGCCUAGUCUGACUGCCUCUGUGUCAUCCUCUGUUGCCGACUUCCAGAGUAUUCAAGCCUCCAGUCUCAACCAGAUCCAUCUUCAGGAAAUGGAGGAGAGGAGUCCGCCCAGUAAAGAGCAGUUAAGAGGGGAUGGGGACAAAGAGGCCCUUCCGUAUGCCUGUGAGGACUGCGGUCAGCGUUUUCCAGACGCUCCGUCUAGAAACAGACACCAGACAUUGCAACACUACUCUAAGGAAGAGAGAGAAAAGGAAGAGAGAAGCUCUGACAAAACUUUAGAUUAGACAAAAACAACAAACAUUUCUGACUCCAUGUAUUUCAAAAGAGAGGGAAGAUUAAAGCAGCUUUAAUAUGUAAUGUAUUAAGGCAGAUGUUGAGCCCCUUUGAAGCUUGCUGAUAUUAUCACACUGUUAAGUCAUGAAAUAAGAAAUAUUGUUUGUGACAACUGAGAAUGCUAUCUCAUUUAUAUCACACAUUUAAGCUAAACUUGCCAUGUACACAGUCUGGACACCAGUAUAUUAAUGAUUUAUAAAGAAUGAAUCACUGUCUAGCCAUCUGAGAUUUCGGUAUGAGAUAAAGGUUAAGAUCAUGAUUUUUUUGUUAGUAUUACAGCACACUUUGAGUGUGCUGAAUAUUACCACCAUUUGUUUUUUGCUUUGGCAUCUGAUAGAGCGUUUGGACCCGGAAAUGGUGGCGUGUGACGUCAGACCUAACAUUCUCGUUUUGGUCAUGUAAGAUUCUUUUGCCUGUGAUUUGUGCCUCUAAAAACAAAAUUGGGACAACUUGUAUUGUGAAACUGCACCUUAAACUUUAAAUAAGCAGUUUUGCCUAUCAGUAUUAAGGUAUUUGUGCAUAUUCGUUACCAAACCUGCACUAGUUUUUCCACCAUCGGGUCCAAAGGUUACCAGAAAGAAAGAGAAGAAGGCUCUGUUUCCAAAGUUCAUGUCUCCAUGUCACCAAAGUCAUUCUACCAGCAUGCUUCUCCUGGCCUGAGGACGGUUAGCUAGAUGUGCCAAUAAACCCAAAAAUGGAAUGGUUUGUAUUUGUACUUUGUACUUAAUGCGACUUGUACCGCAACUGGUAUUGCUUACAACCAUGCAGCCUGAUAGUGGAAAAGUGCUUUAUUUUACAUUUUAACAGUUUGUACGUAUGUAUGUGAAAGUAUUUUGCAGGUUUGCAAGUUGUUUUUAAGCUUAUUAUAUUUCAUUUUAGUUUAACAACCUUCUAAUGCUGUUUUGAUAAUGAACUGGAUUAUUAAGAAAAGGUGCUGAUUGGAAGGCAGCAAGGUGGUUCAGAGAGCAGCAUUGUCACCUCACAGCAUGAAGGGCCCCAGUUUGAGCCCGGGGCCUUUCUGUGGAGUUUGCAUGUUCUCCUGUGCUGCUGUGAGAUUCCUCUUGGUGCUCUGAUUUCCACCACAAAUCCAAAGACGUGCAAGAAGCUAAAUUGUCUGAAGGUGUGAAUGUGUGUCUGUGUGGUGGAAUGGCCAUCUGUCUGGGGUGUUUCCAAAGCCUGUGGCCCAAGAUGUUGGGAUAGGCCCUAGUAUCCCCACAACCCUAUAGAGGAUAAGUGGUUUGGAGAAUGGUUGAAUGGUUGUGAUUGCUUUCUUAGGGUAAAUGCAAGGUUUUAAGCCUGAAAUUGACAGCACAGUUUUCUGCUGAAGUAGCAGUGCCUUUCUUAAUGGGACUCUUGAAAAGCACAUGCAAAAUAAGACAAAAACUUUAGAUUUCUAAACUUUAGUCAUUAAGAUUAUUUGUCACACAUGCGAGUGUGGUUGUAGAAUUAAUGCAGAUUUAAAUUAAACAACGCUCUUACUGUAUUUAAAGUCAAUUCAGCUUGUUGUGUGGGGAUAAAUACUAUGACAUUAUUAGCAUAUUUGAUGUACCUGCCAGGUGUUGCUUACUGUAUUUGUGGCAUCUGCAGGGACUGACAGUACACAAGACUGCAUGGAGUAAGGGGAUGCCAUUUUUACAACUGGCCAAAGGUUUGUUGUUAAAGAUAUCUGCAAGUACCUCUGUAUUAUUACUUAGAAUUAAAGUUUGGAAAAACUGUCAGGGCAAAUCGUCCAUUAUUUUUGUGUCCAUUUUGUAUCUUUAGCAUUACACUGUUGAUAUGUGAAUCCUUCUUAUGCGGUAUUGCAAAUGUUGUUGGCCAGUUAUAGCAAUCAAUGACCUCUCAACCCUGAGCAUCAGCAGAUACUUUUUGUACAUCUGUCAGUUUAGCUCAUGUCUACAAUAUAUAUCUAUUGUGUACACAUGUAUCAGCAGAAAUAAAUGUUGAUGUACCUUA